CAUGUACAGUACACUCCUGUGCUUGGCAUUCACAUGAAGAAAAAAUUGAAUGAAAAUCUAUAUUUGCAACACUUGAAGUGGUACUGUGACCGUAGAGCAAUGGUGUGUUUUUUGCUCAUCAUUUGUUGUAGCUCUGAGUUGUGAUUUUUUUGGGGUUCUACCAGUGCAUUACUGUAGAAUCUGAGGGCAAUUGAACUCAUGGUGUUAUCUGAUGUGUAAGCACUGGUACCCUGUUAGGAAUGCACUUUGAUAAGACGUGUAUGCUUCGCUGUAGGGUUGGCCUGCACCAUCUUAAACAAUUCAAUUUAUUAGGCAAAUAAAGACCAAGUUCUUAUGUUAUGGGGACAUUUCUCUGUCUCCACAACAUUUUGAGUCGCCACAAAAUAGGUGAAAUAGCUUGUGUUUAUCUCCACAAAUAUGAAACAAAUAUAUGCAGACAUUUAAACUUUACAUGGGCAACUCAAUGAGUUUGCGUGGCCUGACCAAAUUGCAAAUCAGUCAACCGCAAUACAAAAUAAAUUCAUGUAUGACAAAGUCAUGCUAGUCACCUGCUCCAAGUCUUUCCACUCCCAUCUCAAAACAACUCCAUCACAAUGUCACUGUUGGUGUCAGUGUUCCUAAGUUUGGGAAAGUGAUGAAUUAUGUGUAAGCUGUGAAUAUCGAUGCCAUCAGUGUUCGAUCACUAUUUUUGGUGUCCCUUCAAAAUCACCAUAUUUUACAAACUAUAUUACUUGGGAUAAAUUUACAGUGAUCUUCCCGUCAGUCCUGUGGCUUGUCCCACAUGUACAUGUAUAUGUAAUUGUUACCUGUUUCAUACUAUCCCCAUUCAGACACAGCACUGUACAUGUACAUGUAUGUCUUUGUACAUACUGGAUGUCCACGUACAUCACGGUAGAAAUGUGAUAUUGCCCUGGUACCCUGCCAACCUGUGGUGACUGCCUUCCUGAGUUGUUAGUGCUUCUUGUACAGACGUGCAUAGUAUACGAGUGCAUACAUAUACCAUACAUGUAAAUCUAAUGGGCAUUGUCGGUCAUUUUGCUCGGACAGUCAGUGAAUGGGAGCUCGCUGGUAAAUUCAAACCUCAAGCAAUCUAGGUUCACAAGUAGGAAGGAUGCAUGGACCAGAUUUUGGUGGUGAGGUGCGUGACCGCCAUUAUGGUCAAUUGGAAGAUGUGCCGCAGGCUCCUGAUCAGGUAGCCUCACGAUCUCAAAAUGAUGAUUUUGAUGUCACUGUGUCGGAAUCUAGCUGCCCAGCAAAGAUUAAGAAUUUCUGUUUCAAGAACAUGGACUGGUUGCGGCGAGUUAGUGUGGAGCCGGCACUCCUUUUUGUCAUGGUGUCUAUGGGGCUGACCAAUGGUGUCUCAAUUCAGUAUGUGCAGGAACGUAUCUACGAGAACUUCAACAUCACCAGUGCGUCAGGGGGUGCCUGUUCAAACCAGACGAGUGAGCCAACAGAUGCAGAGAAAGCUGCAGCAGCUGAGCUGAAUGGCUUUAAUGUCAUUUCAGGGUUUGCGGGUGGGUUCCCCGCCCUGUUUGUAACUCUGAUCAUAUCAGCUGCCAGUGACCGCGUGGGGCGUAAACUGCCGCUCGUGUUGCCUGUUGCGGGCAUGCUAUGUGGCACUGUCGUCUUCCUACUGAUAGCGUUGCUUGAUCUACCUGUGGUCAUCUUGCUCAUUUCCAAUGUGGCUCUCAGCUUCACUGGGGGAUAUCCGCUGUUCUUCAGUGGCUGCUCCAGUUAUGUCGCAGACACAACUGCCAAGAAAGACCGCACAUUUCUUUUUGCCUUGCUAUUCACGCUUUCCCUUGUCGGUUCGGGCAUAGCCAGCAUCAGCGCCGGUUAUUGGAUCAAAGGGGGCAGCUUCGCAGAUCCUUUCUGGCUGUCCUUUGCCCUGCUGUCAUCUAUUUUGCUGUAUCUCAUCUUUUGGGUUCCUGAGACUGUACGGGCUGAUUCCAAGUCUUCAGAGGAUGAUUCCCUCCUUGCAGAGCCACGGUCCUCCAAGCUGUCUGCAGUAUGGAAGGGCCUUUCAGGCAUCCUUGGCGUUGCAGGGAAGGGUCGUCGAGUGUGGCUGCUAUUGGCUCUCACAGUUCUGUUUGUUUCCAUGGGAGUAUUUGGUGCCAUCAACAGUAUUCUCUUCAUACGACUUCUCAGCAUGCCUUUCUGUUGGUCAUCAGUUCUAAUCGGCUAUUUCAACGCAUCAAAGCCUUUCAUCAAUGGACUAGGCCUCACGCUGGGGGCUCGCUACCUUACUAAGUGCCUGAAGGACUACGCAGUCAUUCAACUAGGUCUCUUAUCAACAGUGGGCAUGCUUGUCAUCAUCUGCAUCAGCACUGACACGUAUGGCAUGUUUCUCGUGAACGUGGUUGGAUGUCUACAUGCACUGCCACCUGCUAUCCUCAUGGCUAAGAUGUCCAAAGUAAUUGAGCCCAAACUGCAAGGUGCCCUGUUCUCCUUGACCGGUACCACCGAGAGUCUGGCCAAUCUGCUUGGGCCAUUCUUGCUGGGACUUAUCUAUCAGGGAACCCUGAACACAUUCCCACUGGCCGUCUUCAUUGUCAUGAUAGGCUUGACAGUCUCCACCAUGGCCAUUGUUGGGGUGCUGAUGAUUAUGGAGUGUGGUGCUGAAUUAGGUUAUCAUCAACUCCAUGACGACGGUGAAACUGAAGAUGAGGAAGGGGAACACAUGGGUGCAUCCCAAGGAGAAGCUAACGGAGACAUCAAGUAGGAAGCAGCCUCGCUCCCAAGCCUGCUUGCCACCUUGUUCCCAGUGGCUCAUGUGUACUGGCCAAUGGAGACUCCAAGGAGCAGCAUCUUCCCCACUGUGUGCCUAUCACAUCAUUCUCAGUGUUUCACACAGGGAGGCAAAUGCUGACAUCCAGUAAGAAGCUACUUCAUUCCCAGGGUUCAAUCCAAUUCAUUGUUAACGACUGGUAUAAAAGUAAAAGAGGCAACAGAUAAGUACCCUCUAUCUCAGGGUCUGUUGCUCACCAAUAAAAUCUUCAGAUUUUCCUCAAAGUUUACUGUUACCCCAAAAGAUGUCUCCAAUAUUUAUCUGAUCACCAUGCCCACAUUUUAUCAUUGUUUCUUAACUUUGAGUCUUCAUUUAUGGUUUAUAACUAAACUGCAGUCAAGCAAAGUAUUGCUGAUAUUACACCAUUUCUAGAAAUUCCUUAAAACCAACAGUUAAAAUUUCCAAAAUAUUGGUUGUUACUUCAGUACUAAAGUUUAACUCUGAGAAAAUUUAUUCAGGUCUGAUUAUUUUCAGUGCAUUAUAUUAACAAUGUUUGAGAGGAGUUACACACCGUAAAGGCUGUGUAUGAGUUUUAACAAAAGUUUUACAUGUAAAAAGUGCAUGUAAAUGUAGUUGAAAGCUUUUUAAAGAAAUCAUGUAAAGCACUCUUGUUCUGUAGUUAAAUUAUUGUAAGUGUACUGUUUACAGGUGUUUCAUUUUGCACUAAGUUAUUACAUAUAUGUGCCUGUCAAAUAAGUGCAAUUUAUUGGGUAUUACACGGUACGGCCAAGGUCUCUUGGAUUAGUAUAUUGCUCAUGAAACUCUAUGGUUAGGGCAUGCAUGGUAUGGGGGUAUACAUGUAAUGUGGUGUUAUGUGAACUAUCAAUAUUACAUGUUCAAUACAUAACCUGUGUGAUUAAAACUGAUUUUUAAAACUUGUCAUUACAUACUGUUUUACAAAUUUUUGGACUUUUAAAAAUCUAUUUUGACUUGUAACAAUCAACCAUAUAAAUUUUAAUAAUAAAAUGCAUAGCCUUGAAAAAAAAAUUGUAACAGCCCAGCUGGAAACUUUUGUUAGCUAGGCAAUGUUAAAGCAGAUCAGGGCUUGUUCAUUGCAGUCAGGCCUUUUAGACUUUUCUUGCAGCCCCACGCAGAGCUUCCAGAUGCAAGAAAAGUGGUCCAAGUUUCUGACUAGAACCUAGAGCUGCAAUUUACAUGUGUACAUGAAGGUUUAGGAUAAACAUACAUGUAAAUACAUGUACUGCCAUGGUUUAGAUGCAACCGAAUAAGAUGAUAAUAGAAAGACAGGCACAUAUAUACAUGUACUGUAUCCUAUGCACGGGUAGUUAUUUCAUUCAACUGCUUUUGGGUUCUUAGGUAACUAAUUCAUAAUUUUGUUUUUUGCAAAACAGGUAUAUUUUAGUAAGGAAAUAAAUAUUAUGGGCUUGGCUGGUAUUAAACA